AAACAGCCAAAUAAGAUUUAUUUAUACAUCAAAGCUCACGCGAACAAGAUCAAAUAUAUUAAAUUAAUACUUAACAAAAAAUGGGCAAAAUGAUUUUAUAUGGAACGGAGGCAAGUCCACCAGUACGUGCUUGUAAACUCACGUUAGAGGCACUAGGUUUGCAGUACGAGUACAAACUAGUAAAUUUAUUAGCUGGAGAACACAAAUCAAAGGAAUAUCUUCUAAAAAAUCCACAACACACUGUGCCUUUGUUAGAAGAUCAUGGAAAAUGUAUAUGGGAUUCACAUGCUAUAUGCGCAUAUUUGGUUAAUAAAUAUGCUAAAACUGAUGAGUUAUAUCCAAAGGAACCAUAUGCACGUUCAAUAGUGGAUCAACGUUUACAUUUUGAGUGUGGAGUUCUAUUUCAAGGGUGUAUCAGGAAUAUUGCGUUGCCAGUGUUUUACAAGAAUGCAACUGAAGUGCCACGUGAAAAAAUCGAUGCGAUUUAUGAGGCUUACGAUUUUCUAGAAACAUUUCUAGGUGAUGACCCCUACAUAUGUGGCAAAAAGAUGACUAUUGCUGACUUUAGCAUUAUAUCAACUGUUACCAGUUUAGUGGGAUUGGCUCCUACAGUACCAAAAAAUCUUACCAAUUGGAUAGAACGCAUGAGCAAAUUACCAUAUUAUAGUCGGGCAAAUGGUAAUGGUGCACAAAUGUUAGUGGAUAUGUUCAGUGAUAAAAUCAAGAAAAUUAUUUGAAUUUAUUCUCUAUAAAUGUUAAAAUAAAAUCAGUUUAAAAAAUGUUUUA